UCAUCAGCUAGCCUCGCAUUGCCUCAAAAAAGAAAACCUAUAUAUAACGCAUUUGGUCGAGCAACGAAAACACACCAAUAUCAUCGAGACAUCGACACACAAGCCAACCAAACUACUGCAGCGCAGCGGUUAGCUUCUUCUUGCUUCAAUCCACAGCGAGCUCCAGCGGCCAGUGCCAUUAAGGAGCUGUCUGGUGGUGCCACGUCUACCGCAGGCACGAUGCUACCGUCGGCGAGGCCACUGCUCGCCCCUGCCGCCGCCGUCCUCUGCUUCUGGCUGCUGGUAGCCGUGGCGGAGGCCAAGGUGCACCACUACAAGUGGGACAUCUCCUACCAGUUAAAGUCCCCCGACUGCUUCGAGAAGCUCGCCGUGACCGUCAACGGCGAGGCUCCCGGUCCGACCAUCCGCGCCACGCUGGGCGACACCAUCGUCGUCGACGUCCAUAACAAGCUGGAGACCGAGAACACCGCCAUCCACUGGCACGGCAUCCGCCAGAUUGGCACGCCGUGGGCUGACGGCGUCGCCGGCGUCACGCAGUGCCCCAUCCUGCCCGGCGAAACCUUCACCUACAAAUUCGUCGUCGACAGGCCUGGCACGUACCUGUACCAUGCGCACUACGGGAUGCAGCGCGUGGCGGGGCUCAACGGCAUGAUCGUGGUCACCGUGCCGGAGGGCUUCGUCGAGCCCUUCUCUUACGACGAGGAGCACACCGUCCUCCUCGGCGACUGGUGGCACAAGAGCGUCUACGAGCAGGCCACAGGCCUCUCCGCCAACCCCUUCGUCUUCGUCACCGAGCCACAGUCUCUCCUCAUCAACGGCAGAGGAAUGUUCAACUGCUCGCUCGCUCCCAGUGGAACGUGCAACGCCUCCCGCCCCGACUGCGCUCUGCCGACUCUCUUCACCGCCGUGCCGGGAAAGACAUACCUCCUCCGCAUCGGCAGCCUCACCUCGCUCUCCUCGCUCUACUUCGAGAUCGAGGGCCACCCGAUGAUGGUGGUGGAGGCCGACGGGCACUACGUGCGGCCGUUCGCCGUGAGGGGCCUCUUCAUCUACUCCGGCGAGACCUAUUCCGUGCUGGUCAAGGCCGACCAGGACCCGCGGCGAAACUACUGGGCUGCGUCCCACGUCGUCGGCCGCAACCCCAGCCAGACACCCAGCGGCAAGGCCGUCGUCAGCUACGCCUUCAACGGCAACAACCCGUGGAUGCCUCCGCCCACGGCGCCACCGGCUGGCCCGCCAUGGAACAACACGGCUAUCAGGGUGGAUCAGAGCAGGGCCAUCUUCGCGCACCCACACUUCGUAGAGCCCAUGCCGGCGAGGGCCGACCGCACGCUGCUCUUCCUCAACACCCAGAACCGGAUUGAUGGCCACAUCAAGUGGACCAUCAAUGGCGUGUCGCUCAUGUUCCCGGCCACGCCGUACCUCGUGGCGAUGAAGCGCGGCAUGAAAGACGCGUACGAGCAACGCCCGCCGCCCGACAUGUACGACCACAUGAGCCACGACAUCUCCGCGCCGGCGCCGACGAACGGGACCGUGGGCAGCCCGGUGUACCGGCUUGCGCUAGGCUCCGUUGUGGACGUGGUGCUGCAGAACUCCAACAUGCUCAACAACAAGAGCGAGACGCACCCAUGGCAUCUCCAUGGGCACGACUUCUGGGUGCUCGGCUACGGCGAAGGUAAGUUCAACCCGGCCGCAGAUGCAUGGAGGCUGCUCAACGUGAGAGAUCCGAUCAUGAAGAACACGGUGCCACUGCACCCGGAUGGGUGGACGGCGGUGCGGUUCCGGGCGGACAACCCCGGGGUGUGGCUGUUCCACUGUCACGUGGAGGCGCAUGUGUUCAUGGGCAUGGGUGUGGUCUUCGAGGAGGGCGUCGAGAGGGUCGGCCGGCUUCCGUCGUCCAUCAUGGGGUGUGGACGAUCCAAGGGGCUGCACUGAUCAGAUCAAAGUUGAAGGGUAGAUGAACAACACUUUUUUCUUGUAAAUAAACAGUGGCAGGCUUGGGCCAAAAUGUUUUCAGUUUCUCGGGCCCAGAUUGGCUGCUUAUUUUGUUGAAUAUAAGCUAAGGUCAUCGGUUUGUCUAAAAAAAAAAAAGUUAAGGUCAUCGGGGCAUCAACAAAUCAUAUUCAUGUUCUGGAGAGUUAAGGAAUGAUUUAAUCUUUGGA